AUGAUGAGACAGACAUUUGCUCGCUACUCGUUGACUAUUCCAUCGAUUCCGGAGAAUGUGGUGGAUAAGCUGAGACAGUGGAAUGAUUGGAUGAUUGGUGAUCCGGACCGGCCAUCCGUUUCACGGACAUUCUUAACGGCCAGUUCAAUGGUUCGACAACAGAGUGAUACGACAGGACAACGUCGACUAGUUCGUUCGAGUGCGGUUGAAGACGAUCAAGCAACAACAAGUCAGGACUUUCAAACGACUAUGUCGCCAAAUCUGAAUCGACCAACAAGGCUUGUCCGAAGUGUUGCUCAUCAGAAGAGUUUAAGCUAUAUUCAAUUAAAUCAGUAUCGCCUGAUGGAAGAGAUUGGACAGGGUUCAUAUGGUAUUGUCAAACUCGCCUACAAUGAGGAAGACAAAAACUUGUAUGCACUGAAAGUUUUAGACAAAGUUAAAAUUUUGAAGAAUUUUGCCUGUUUUCGAGCUCCUCCAACAAGGCGAAAUAAGUUGGCUCCCAAUACUCUUCGAAAUCCAUUACAAAUGGUUCAGAAAGAGAUAGCUAUACUGAAGAAGUUAUGUCAUCCGAACGUUGUUAAACUUGUUGAGGUAUUAGAUGAUCCAAAUGAUAACUAUCUUUAUAUGGUAUUUGAAUAUGUUGAAAGAGGAUCUAUUCUAGAGAUCCCUACUGAUAAACCAUUAGAUGAAGAUACAGCUUGGAGAUAUUUUAGAGACACAUUACGUGGUUUGGAAUACUUACAUUAUCAGAAGAUUGUACAUCGAGAUAUAAAGCCAUCGAAUCUUCUACUUUCGGAUACGGGUCAUGUGAAAAUUGCUGAUUUUGGAGUUUCUUGUGAAUUUGAGGGAAUAGAUGCGUUCCUUACUGGAACAGCUGGUACUCCAGCUUUCAUGGCUCCAGAAGCUUUAACAGAAGGUGCCAAUCAUUUUUAUUCGGGUCGUGCUCAGGAUGUUUGGUCAUUAGGAAUAACACUUUACGCUUUCGUGAUUGGAAAGGUUCCUUUCAUGGAUAAUUAUAUAAUUGCUUUGCAUAAGAAAAUCAAACAUGAACCGGUUGAAUUUCCAAUUGAACCUCAUAUUAGUGACUUGUGUAAAGAUUUGAUUCUAAAAAUGCUCAAAAAGGAUCCAGGACAUCGUCUGAUGUUGGCAGAGAUCAAGAGUCAUGAAUGGGUUACCCGAAGAGGUACUGUUCGAAUGCCUACCGAAGAAGAAAACUGCCAUCUGGUUACUGUAACUCAAGAAGAAAUUGAAAACUGCGUUCGCGUUAUUCCUCGUCUAGACACUUUGAUUCUGGUGAAAGCAAUGGGACAUCGAAAACGAUUUGGAAAUCCAUUUAAAAAUAAUCUAAGAGCAGGAAGUACAUCAAGCUCUAUGAGAGAACGACGCAAGUCAUCAUCUGUCAAAGAUCCAACUUAUGUUCCUCCGCCAAUUGCAACAAUCUCCAAUACAAAUGGAAACAUUGAAGAUCGUCCCAUAACAACAGUGGAAAGCAUCGAAGGACAACUAUCCGGCUUAUUGCUCUGUUCAGAUGUUGCAACACCUCGAGCAGCAACAGCUCGUCAAUAA